AAAUCCAGAGCCUUGUAUUUUGUUUUCCUCACUUGAUAUGCAAUAGAUAAUUCAUUAAAUAUUGCACAAACAUGUGUCCAAUUGUUUGUAAUUUUAUCUUUGUAGAGGAAACUGUCACUAAAAGAUGGCGGUCCCUGCGUGAUCGGUUCCGUAAGGAAUAUAACAAGCGUGUAGCUAGUGGGAGUGGAGCACCAACGGCCGCUAAUUACAAAUAUUUCCAGCAGCUGAUGUUUCUCGUCCCGUCCAGAGAGCUCAGACAAACAGAGAGCAACAUGGAUUUUGUGUCCGAGGAAGAGAGUUUGCCAGACACACAAGAAACCCAUGAUGAACAGGGCACACAAACCACUACCGAUGAGGGCCACUUAACUCCUGAGGAACAAGAACCAUCCCUCAUUUUGGAAGAAAAUGAGCCCAUGCCACUACCAGUGUUGUUGGAUUCAACAGAUGUAGGGGAAGACGGUGAGGUUGCAGGGCACAGUGAAAGCCAAGUCCCCAGGGCAACAUCCUCUAUUGUGCGUGUUACUUUACCUGCAACAAGAAGGCCAUACCAACGCACAAGUAUGCGUCGCAGACUCCAUCCUGAUCAGGAGUUAAAUAAUGAAAUCAUAUCUCUGGUACACCGUCAGCGGACGGAGGAGGAUAGUGAUGCAUUUGGUAGGGCGCUAGCACAGAGAUUGCGGGUAAUGGAUUUAACUACUUGA